AUGGCCAUACUAAUUGCAAAACAAGAACAGCACAACAUGGCUCUUAUGUCGAAAGGCCUUAGACCUGGGACAUCACGCAGGAGAAAGCUUAUUAUUUUCUCGGAGGACGAAGAAGAAGAAGAUGAUGAAGAAACCGUAAAAUUACUGCCCACAAAACCCGAAGACUCACCUGAUCCGACCCUAAAAAAGAAAAGAAGCCUAACCAUGAAAAGACUCUCAAAAAUUCAGAAUUGUGAGGACAAUAUUGUCCAUUUGAAGAACAGACGGCAUCCUCUUUAUUCUGGCAAAUUAUUAGAUCGCGGUAACUCAGAUGAGGAGCCUGAAGGUCACUAUGGGUCGCUGAAAAAGUUACUGAAGAAAACAGAAGGCCCUUCAAAACGGAAAAGGACUUCUCGGGAGGUAGUAAACGUAUCCUCCGGAAAAAGUGUACCUGGGUCGAGUCGCAAGAGACCGAACGAGAAAAAAGCCUGUGGAAAUAAAGUUAUUGGGAAAAAAGGAGAAAGCGAGAGCGAUGAAGAGUGGGAUGAAAGCAAGGAGCGGUGGAUGGGUGUAUCAAAAGUGAAAAAGGCCUGUGAAAAUAAAGUUAUUGGGCGAAAAGGAGAAAGCGAGAGCGAUGAAGAGUGGAACAAAAGCAAGGAGCGGUGGAUGGGCGUAUCAAACGAGAAAAAGGCCUGUGAAAAUAAAGUUACUGGGAGAAAAGGUGAAAGCGAGAGCGAUGAAGAGUGGGACGAAAGCAAGGAGCGGUGGAUGGGUGUAUCAAACGAGAAAAAGGGCUGUGAAAAUAAAGAUAUUGGGAGAAAAGGAGGCGAGAGCGAUGAAGAGUGGGACGAAAGCAAGGAGCGAUGGAUGGGUGUAUCAAUCGGAAAUAGCAAACAUGUCCAGAAUGAGGAUAAUCGGAGAAGUUCGAAAAGGUGCAGGUCCUCUUCCAAUAAGUUUAUGGAGACGAAUUUCAUGUUGUACGACUGGGUGGAUGAUGAAGAGGACCUCAUUUCGUAUAUUGACAUGAAUCUAGGAGGAAGUGAAUCUGCCAGUGUCCAAACUCAUGAUGUGGAGAAAGCAAAUGAUAGUCUAGAGGGCAAGAGAAGGAAUUCCGAUAAUUUUCAGAACAAUUCCUCAUCUGAUUUAUCAUCAUCAACAACAACCUUAACCUCAAGCUCCACCCUGAAUUAUACUGUAUCCACUUCUAAAAAACAGAAUCAGGGACUUCUAGCUGUGAACACAAAGAAGCAGAUGAAGGAGAGCGUGAAAUGCCAUCAAUGUUGGAGAUCAGAUAGAAGAAUUGUAGUUCCAUGCUCAGAGUGCAAUGAAAAAUUUUACUGUGUGCAGUGUAUUAAGCAAUGGUAUUCCACAUUAUCAGAAGAGGAAAUCUCUGAGGUGUGCCCAUACUGCCGUGGGAUAUGCAACUGCAAUGUGUGCUUGCAUUCAUCUUCCACCCUGAAGACAUCAAAAAGAGAUAUCAAAGACGAUGAGAAGAUUCGACAUCUGCAUUACCUCGUCAGAAAAGUUCUACCACACCUGCAGAGCAUUAAUCAAGAGCAAAUUGAAGAGAUCAAAAUGGAGGCCACAAUUCGAAAUGUCCCAUUAUCUUCAAUCGAAGUAAAACGCGCUGCUUGCUAUAAUGAAGAGCGUGUGUAUUGCAACAACUGCUCAACCUCGAUAGUUGAUCUUCAUAGGAGUUGUCCAAACUGCUCGUAUGAGCUCUGCAUCAGAUGUUCUCGUGAGAUUUAUGCUGGUCAGAUUCCUGGGGGGCCCAACAGUGAAAUUCAUUAUUAUGUGGACAAAGGCUAUGACUACAUGCACGGUGGGGACCCAUUACCAGAAUCUAGCCAUGCAGAGACAGCUGAAAAAAAUCAAAAAAAGCCAUUCAAUUGGGUUAUCAAACAGGGUUGCAUUGUUUGUCCUCCCAAAGAAACGGGUGGGUGUGGCGUGCAAGAACUAGAGCUCAAAUGUCUCCUUCCGGAAGACUGGAUCUCGGAUUUGGUUGAACGGACUGAGAAAGUCAUGAGUAGGUGUUAUGAAACCCUUAGUAGUGCUUCCCAGCCUGUAAACUGCAGUGGAGACCCCGAGAGAUCGUGCAAAGCGGCUUCUAGAGAAGAAUCUGGUGAUAAUAACUUGUGCUGCCCAUACUCAGAGGAUAUAUUGAACGAGGAUGGGCUUCUGCAUUUUCGCUGGCACUGGGCUCGAGGGGAGCCUGUGAUUGUUAGAAAUGCUCUUGACCAAUCGAGUGGGUUGAGUUGGGAGCCAAUGGUCAUGUGGCGGGCGUUGUCUGAGCACACAGAUGAAAAUAUCAGCUCAAGGAUGUCGGACGUGAAGGCCAUUGACUGCCUGGCUGGUUGUGAGGUUGAGAUCUGUACGCGUAAAUUUUUCAAAGGAUAUACAGACGGCCGACGGUAUGCAAACUUCUGGCCUGAGAUGCUCAAACUCAAGGAUUGGCCCCCGUCCGACAAAUUUGAGGAUUUAUUACCCCGCCAUUGCGACGAGUUCAUCCGCGCUUUGCCAUUUCAAGAGUACACAGACACGAGGAGUGGGCUCCUCAACCUUGCCGUGAAAUUGCCGGCAAAUGUUAUAAAGCCCGAUAUGGGCCCGAAAACAUACAUUGCCUAUGGAUUCGCAGAGGAGCUGGGGAGAGGGGAUUCUGUGACUAAGCUCCACUGUGACAUGUCGGAUGCGGUCAACAUAUUGACACACACGGCUGAAGUAGCUCUAAGUGAAGAGCAAUACCGAGCAAUCGAAUCAUUGAAAGAGAAGCACAAAUAUCAGGAUGAACGAGAAUCUGGGGCACAAAUAAAACAUGAAAAUUCUUGCAAUGACAGAGCAAAGAAAAAUGAGCUACAAAAAGACGGACAGUCGUUAGAGGACAGAGGUGGUGCUCUGUGGGACAUCUUUAGGCGGGAAGAUGUCCCGAAACUGAAAGAAUAUCUCAUUAAACAUUCAAAAGAAUUUAGACACACUUAUUGCUGUCCAGUUGAACAGGUCAUUCACCCAAUCCAUGACCAGACCUUCUACCUGAAUUCAGAACACAAAGCUAAGCUCAAGGAAGAAUUUGGCAUUGAACCAUGGACGUUCGAGCAGAAGCUUGGAGAGGCAGUUUUCAUUCCUGCUGGCUGCCCACACCAAGUGAGAAAUCUAAAGUCAUGUACCAAAGUUGCCUCGGACUUUGUCUCUCCUGAAAACUUAGACGAAUGCCUUAGACUAACCGAGGAGUUCAGAAAGCUACCAAGAGACCAUAAAGCCAGAGAGGAUAAAUUAGAGGUUAAGAAGAUGAUCCUUCAUGCUGUCAACCAAGCACUUGAUGAUCUUGAAAAGCUGGUGGCAGGUCCUGCAGAUUCGGAACUAUAG